UGCUCAUCACUACGUGUACACCAGCAAUAUCGAUGGCCACUUCAAUCGUUUCCCAGCACUCGGGAAGAACGUUCUCGAGAUUCACGGCUCUCUCGCUUGGCCCUGGAUUCCCUUUUGGAGGUUCGAGAACAAAGAAGAUGUGAAAAAAGAACGCGCACAGGCUGACAUUAUAGAUGAAAAAGAAGAAGACAAAGCAGGAGGACAAUCUUCAACUGGAGGAAAGCAAAACAAGAUGGGAAUAGACAAGGGUGGAAGUGAGAUGAGAUCUGAAGAAAAUAGCGUGGUCGUACGUACUCCAAGUGUAGCAGUCUCUGCGGCGGAAGCGGAAUUUCAGGGACCGCCUUUGGGAUUUCGGAAUGAUAAAUCUGCUGUUUUUGUGAAUGAUGCUGGACCACCUGCUCCGGAUGAGGAGGAGGGAAACAUUCGCGAGGAUGCAAGUCCUACCCUGCCAGGCGGAUGCUUGGGUCUGGCAUCACAAGAGGCUCUCUUUGGCGGUCCGCGAUUUCGUCACUCAAUACCUUCAUCCGACUUUGUACGGCGACAAUAUUUGCGUCCUGCUGUAAUGCUCUUUUUCGACAAUUGUAUGGAGUUAUUGAACCUCUUCGAGCGGAAGCAGGAAGAGGAGUACGAGGCAUGGAACCGCAGGAUGCGCAUAAAAGGGAAGAAGAAAGUCGUCGUGCUAGAGAUUGGCUGCGGUAUACGGGUUCCGUCAGUGCGGAGUCAAGCAGAGGGACUUGUCUGGGACAUCAAUAAUGAAGAACCCACAACAAGUCUUCACGAGUCCGAGGCCGCAGGAGGUGGGCCGCAAGAUACAACAGGCUACUCUUCCCGUCGGCAGGCGCACUUGAUCCGCAUCAAUCCUGGUGACGAGACCUGGGCUUUUCUUCAAAAGAAGGACAAUCCGCUUUGCUGGUAUUUCGACGAAGAGGAUCUUUGCUAUCGGACCAUCGCGGGACACAGGGAAGAAGACAUGAGGCUGAAUGCGGAGGAGGACGAAGAAAAGCGCGUUGGCGCUCACAAAAGUGUGACAGAUGAUGAAGAAAAGCGUGUUCCGGUCGCAUGUGGACACUACUUAUUGCUAAACGACCUUGGAGCCAAAGACGCAUUGACCAAGUUAGACUCGUUACUAGAAAGAAGACCGGCAGCAAAAAAAUGAAUUCCCGACGUGGUAUGUUUUUCUGGCAUAUGAUUUGAUGUCUGGCAAGUCUAAGGAGAGUACAAG